AAACAAUAAACAGAUAUAGAAAGAGACCAACAGAGAACAUGGCCGGAAAGCUGACGAGAAAUCCUUCAAAGUGGCGGCCUUUUUUGUGCGGCGGCGACAAAGCCUGUAGUUCUGCCGAGAAAGGACCCAAUUCUGACACCUCCGUUAUGAAUCUAUCGGACACAGUCUUCGAAUUCCUCGACGACAGUGUGUCGACGGCGGAGAGAGAACAAAAUAACGACGACGACGACGACGAUGGUGAUGGUGAAGACGAUAAGGCGUUCUGGGAGAAGAAAAACAAUCUUCUUCAAUCAACGUUGUUCAGAACAUCUUCGAUAGAAUCAAGGAUCCGUGACGCGACACAUGAAGCGUUGAAAGAAUUACAGAUGACAUUGAAUUACUGUUGCUGUGGGCGGCCAGGAACCGAAUCCUGCCGGAGUUGUUUGAUGAUAGAGGUUUGCAGUCGCAUGAGAGAUGCCGGAUUCAACUGUGCUGUCUCAAAAUCAAAAUGGAAAAGAUCAUCUGAUUUACAAGCAGGUGAACACACAUUUUUGGAUGUAAUAGAGGAUACUAUUAAUCCAAAAACAGGAUUGAGAGGUGUGAUUGUAAUUGAAUUGAAUUUUCGAGGAGAGUUUGAAAUGGCUAAAGCAAACGAAGAAUACAAUGAAUUGAUUAAGAAAUUGCCGGAAGUGUUUGUGGGUAAGAUGCAUAGACUUGAGAGUUCGAUCAAGAUUUUGUGCUCAGCUGCUAAGAAAUGUAUGAAAGAUAAAAAGAUGUAUUUGGGUCCUUGGAGGAAGAAGGAAUACAUGAAAGCAAAGUGGCUAGUCACGUGUCAGAGGAUUACUCCGGCUCCGGCGAGUGUGACACCCUUGUCUGAUCGGACUAACACCGGCAGGAAGACCAGGGCGUCCAUGCUUACGGCUGAUUUGCUGGAAAACUCCACUACCCAAGGAUUGCAACUGUUUUCCUUUUUCUAAGGGUAACAAAUUUUCAAAUUACUUUUUUUUUUUUGGGUAUAAAUUAGCUACACACUAUAUACUAUAUUUGUUGUAUCAACAGUUCAAAUUAGAUAUAUAUAAAUAUUAUAAAGAAAAUUUUACA